UUCCUUUUCAGUUAGUCUACUGCUCUAUUACUUUGGGUUUUAGUUUAGAUAUACCUAAAGUCUAGUUGAAACUCUAAAGCAGGCAGAUCCUUACUUUUCAGGUAGUACUUCUGUUAGAAACUCAACAUUUAUGCCAAAAAUGUCAACAAAGCUUCAUUCGCGAAAUGUUCAUAAGUGAUUUAGCUGAGAAUUCUUAAAGCACAUUAAGGUUUAAUCUCCAAUUUUUAAAAUUACUAAUUUUAGAUUUAUAUUCCGAUAUGAUUAUUCAGAAUUUAAAAGGAAAUUUACAUAAAGAGAUCUCAGAAUUCGUCUGAAUAUUGAUAUAGGAAAAGUUAUUCUGCUUGUGUUUAUCAUGCAAUGACUGAGAAUCAUCAACUGUAAUGUAAUCGCUACAUACAAUUUGUAUGGCUUGAGUUCUGCAACUAGUAUAAGCAGUACAGAGGAUCCAAGUGGUCAACCGACUUUAGAAUUUCCAGUCGCUACUGCAGAGAAGCCAACAUUUGAAACAGAAGGCUUAAAAUUUGUUGAAGAACAGUACCUUACCUUUUCUGGUUACUUCGAUAACCAAGGAGCAGACUACUUUACCGUGAACAUCUGGAUAAAGAGAAAUAAUUAAGAAGCUUUAUGACUUUAUGCGUGUGGGAAAUAAUUUUACAACGGCCGGGUAUGCACAAGGAGUCGGUGAAAUAUCAGGAAUGACUGACAACGAUGGGAGCCACGCCAACGUAAUGGUUAAUGGAGCUAAAGUCAGCGGAAUCAGUGAGAAUUUCUUAGAGGACACAUGGAGUCUAAUAGGAUUCGGAUGGGGAAAAGACCAGGGCUACUUAAAAGUUUCCUGCUCGACUGGUGGGGCAUGAGCUGGCCAUAAUAAUAACAUGACUCACACAGUGUCGUCUUGGAACACUCCUGGUACCUACUUCAUUGGAGAUUACUUAGAAAAUUGUCAGAGUGGCUGUGAGUACAUUGUCCAUAGUAUCAGAGUGUUCUCGUCUGAACUGCCUGGAGUUGCUGAAGACUUGUACGGAGCUGUCUACAAUGAGUGGUAUUCUCAGUGAGGCAGUGGCACAAGAGAAGGAGGUGAGAGCUGUGACGAUGGCAACUAUAACAAUGGGGAUGGCUGCAGUUCUUUAUGAUCGAUUGAAACUAGAUGGACGUGAUCUGGAGGAGAUGCUUCUAAUCCAGACACUUGCUCUGAUGACUGUGGAGAUGGAGUUGUUGUAGCUCCAAUAUCAACAUAUUGAGAUGAUGGCAACACAGAUUCGAAUGAUGGGUGAAGCUCAACAUGUCAGCCAGAAUCUGGAUGGACUUGCACACUAGGAGACUCCUCAACAGCAAGUUCUUGCACUGACACUUGUGGAGAUGGCAAAGUUAUGGACCCCACAGCAAAUUAUUGAGAUGAUGGGAGCAAAGUAGAUGGAGAUGGAUGUAGUUCAGCUUGAGCAGUUGAGGCUGGUUGGAGCUGAACUCUAGGUGAUUCAUCAACGGCUUCAGUAUGUAGUGAUGACUGUGGAGAUGGAGUUGUUGUAGCCCCAAUAUCAACACACUGAGAUGAUGGCAACACAGAUUCGAAUGAUGGGUGAAGCUCAACAUGCCAACCAGAAUCUGGAUGGACUUGCACUUUAGGAGACUCUUCAACACCAAGUUCUUGCACCGACACUUGCGGAGAUGGGAAAGUUAUGAACCCAACUGUUGGAUAUUGAGAUGAUGGUAAUACAGAUGAUGGAGAUGGCUGAUCAGCCACCUGAGCUGUUGAGUCAGGAUAUGUGUGUAGUGGAGGUAGCACAACUUCUAGAUCAGUUUGUAUAGCUAGCUCUACUAAUGCAACUUGUUCUGUUGAGAACUGCUCUAAAUGAGUUUCAAAUCAACUUACUAAAUGAGAAACCUGUAAUGAGGGUUAUGAGGUUAAAGAAGAUAAAUGUAGUGAAGUAAAGAAAGAAGAUGAAACUAUUUCUGCUACUUCAGCUAUUUCUACAUCUCAAGCAACUAUAGCAGGAAUAAUGGCAGCUGUCACGAUCAACUCACUUGUCAACAUGUCUCCUCUCACAGUUAUGUGGGCAAUGGCAAAUCAAGUUCAGCUUUUGUUACUACUCUUACUUACCAAAAGCAGUAUGCCUGAUAAAAUAGUGGAGUUUCUCACUUCCAAUGAGUUUAUGUCUUUCUCAUUCGGAUUUUUAAACUUCUUCACAGGAAUUCCUGGACUCAGCACUAUAAAAGAAAGUUUCUACAAAGAUCAAGACUUUGCUAAUCUUUCAACUCUCGGACUUGAGUCGGGAAGCACAUUCUACAAUGUAUUCAACACUAUGUUUAUGCUGAUGUUACUGAUUCCUGCCCAUAUAGGAACUUUGCUGCUGCCAAAGUGCAAACAGGCUGCAUAUUCAGAGUCCAAAGCUAAAGCCAAGUGUGGAAAGGCUUACACUUCUCUGAAAGAUUUUCUGUAUGAACUGUUCCACUUCACAAUUUAUCUGAGAAUAUUGCUAGAAGCAUACCAGUUCAUGAUGCUGUCUUCGGUCUCUGAGAUUUACCGGAUGCAAUACAAUGAACCAGCUUCUUUCUCUGCUUGAUGCAUUGUGCUUGUGAUUUGAUUUCUGAUUCUCUGCUUGACUUUCUACAUGUAUUGGAGCACCAAGAAGUUCUAUGACGAUGAGCAACACUAUCACUGCAAAGAGUUAGUCAGAGGCCUCAAGAACACAAAGAAUGCAAGGAAAUACUCGUUUUAUUUGUUGCUGAGACGCUUUGUUCUGAUAUCUUGGCUCAUCGGUAUGAAAUCGUUCAGUAAAUAUUACCUGAUUCUGUUCCUUUGUUCCUUCCAACUGUUCUACCUGGCAAGAAUGGUCUACUUCAGGCCUUACAAAGAGACAGUUGACAACUGAGUCGAAAUCACGAAUGAAGUAUUCUUAACAGUUCUGUGUUGAGCUCUUGUGCAUCUGAAUACGACAGAUGCAUGGAAGGGAGCAAGCACUGACAUAUACAUGUGGGUCUUACUAUCAAAUACUUUUGCUGUAGGAAUAAUAAUGCUUGUUGAUUUAUUCAAAGGAGUUGUUAUCAAGUUAAGAAAGAAGUGCACUAAAAAAGAUGUAAUUAAGCCUAAACCUAAACCAAAAGUACAAGAUAAUUGCAAUAAUUCUCCUGUAAUUGACGAACCAAGAAAACACACAAAACAGAGUAAUGCAAAGUCCGACACCAUGUCACUUUCCAGAUUCUCUGCUAACCAAAUGCUAUCAACACCCUCCAAAGACAUGAACCAAAUCAAAGCGCCUCACCACGAAAUCACAAUUAAAAAACUUGAAAUAAUAAAAGAAAUCCCUACAAAAAGGGCCAACCUGAUAUAAUAACUUAUUCUUAAUUCUUUAUAUCUAUUCCUGCUUCUCCCACUUUUCCUUGGCAAGUGCCCUCAUGUUCGUUUAGGUC